AUGUCAGAUGAUCUGAAUAACUCUGUAUUAAUUUCAGAGUUAUCAAGUAUUGAAGUAACUUCUACCACCACUAAUGAAACUAACGAAACUACUGACACUACUAUCGCUAAUCAAACUAAUGGCACUACUACUGCUAAUCAAACUAAUGGCACUACUACCACUAAUCAAACUAAUGAAACUACUGGCACUGGUGAAGCAACUUUAGGGAAUAAAUCUCCUUUGCAAACUAUCACUCUUGACAAUGCAGCAUCGAAUGAUGUUGCAGUUAGUGAGUUAAUUCGUCAUAUUUUACAGGAUUUAAUUGAUGUUGAAAAUAAAAUUUUUCAUAACUAUUGUCUUGCGCAUAUUCUUAAUCUAAUUGUAAAGGAUGGAUUAAAAAAAAUUUCUGAAGGAAUUAAAAUGAUUUAUGGUUGUGUCAAAGCUAUACAUAUAUCACCAAAGUGGCAUCAAAUGUUUGUCAAUGCUUGUAAAUAUGAAUCAGUCAAAGUUAAAAUUCCACCUUUGGAUUGUGAGACCAGGUGGAAUUCCAUGUUCUUGAUGUUACAAUUAGCAAUAGAGUUAAAAGCUGUAAUUAUUAGAUUGAAAGAUAAAGAUAGAACUUUCCCGGAUGUACUUAGUAAAGAAGAAUGGGAGAAAGCAAAGUCUAUUUGUGGCGUUUUAGAACUGUUCUAUGAAUGUAAGCUAAUUUCACGAACAGAAAUGUUCAAAUCAGAUUUCAUUUUAAAAAGAUGUGUUGAAGAAAAGUGCGAGAUAUUCGAACAAGUCAUCAAACGAUGUUCAGCCAGUAUUGAAAGCAGCAUUGCUUGUGCUAAAAAUAAUCAUAUUGAUGAUUAUUAUGAAUAUAUGAUAAAAAAGAAUCAAGUCAGCCAACCAGAUACUCUUUAUGAAGUUAGACGAUACCUUGAUGAGCAAUGGAAAAAUAAUGAUCAGUUUCCAAAUUUAACUAAAAUGGCAUGUGAUUUUCUUGCUGUGCCAGCUACAAGUGUAGCAUCUGAGCAAAUGUUUAUUUGUGCUGAGCAUGUUAUUGAUGAUUAUUGUACUUCUUUAGAUCCAGAAACAGUAACUGUGCUGAUGUGUCAACGAAACUGGUUAGAGAUGGCAGCAAAAUUUGGGUGGGACUUGUAA